GUCGAGAAAUUUUCGAAGCCUCAUACCCGAUCAUCUCCUCCUCAGCAGCAGCACCACGGCGUGUUCUGAAUCCCCUCAUCUCCCCUCCUCCUCCCUUCUCCUCUCCAUCUCCUUCUCGUCCUUUCGCAAUUGGUCUUUCUUAUACCCAGAGCCGUCACAAUGUCGACCGCCUUCCGAUCUCUUGCGCCUUUCCUGCGCACCGCCCGCCACGGCCUCAAGGCGGCUCCCAUCAACCCCCUCCAGUCCGCCCUCAAGAAGCAGAAUGCCUCUGGCGUCCUCAACCUCUACCGCACAUACGCCGUCUUUGAGCGAUCAAAGCCCCAUGUGAACAUUGGCACCAUUGGUCACGUCGAUCACGGCAAGACCACCCUCUCCGCUGCCAUCACCAAGCGACAGGCCGAGAAGGGCCUCGCCAACUUCCUCGAGUAUGGUGCCAUUGACAAGGCUCCCGAGGAGCGAAAGCGUGGUAUCACCAUCUCCACUGCUCACAUCGAGUACUCUACCGAUAACCGCCACUACUCCCACGUCGACUGCCCUGGUCACGCCGAUUACAUCAAGAACAUGAUUACUGGUGCUGCCAACAUGGACGGUGCUAUUAUUGUCGUCGCCGCCUCUGACGGUCAGAUGCCCCAGACCCGUGAGCACUUGCUGCUCGCCCGUCAGGUUGGUGUCCAGAAGAUUGUCGUCUUCGUCAACAAGGUCGAUGCCAUUGACGACCCCGAGAUGCUUGAGCUCGUCGAGAUGGAGAUGCGUGAGCUCCUCAACACCUACGGCUUCGAGGGUGACGAGACCCCUGUCAUCAUGGGCUCUGCUCUCAUGUCCCUCCAGAACCAGCGCCCCGAGAUCGGUAGCCAGAAGAUUGACGAGCUCCUUGCUGCCGUCGACGAGUGGAUCCCUACCCCCGAGCGUGACCUUGACAAGCCCUUCCUCAUGUCUGUUGAGGAUGUCUUCUCCAUUGCCGGCCGUGGUACCGUCGUCUCUGGCCGUGUCGAGCGUGGUGUCCUGAAGCGCGACCAGGAGAUUGAGCUCGUCGGCAAGGGUAACGAGAUCAUCAAGACCAAGGUCACCGAUAUUGAGACCUUCAAGAAGUCUUGCGAGCAGUCCCAGGCUGGUGACAACUCUGGUCUCCUCAUCCGAGGUGUCCGCCGUGAGGAUGUCCGCCGUGGUAUGGUCGUCUGCGCCCCUGGCACUGUCAAGUCUCACACUCAGUUCCUUUCUUCCCUCUACGUCCUCACCAAGGAGGAGGGUGGCCGACACACUGGCUUCCAGGAGCACUACCGACCCCAGCUCUACCUCCGAACUGCUGAUGAGUCCAUCGACCUGACCUUCCCCGAGGGAACCGAGGACGCUAGCAGCAAGAUGGUCAUGCCCGGUGACAACACCGAGAUGGUCGUCACCAUGGGCCACCCCAAUGCCAUCGAGGUCGGUCAGCGAUUCAACAUCCGUGAGGGUGGCCGAACCGUCGCUACCGGUCUCUGCACCCGUAUCCUCAAGUAAGGGAGGGGUGAUGUUAUAGAAAGGAGAGGGAAAAUUUUGGGGUAGUGUACGAAUUAUGGCGCUCAUGUGAAACCGGGCAUUGUCUCCCACUUUGAGUCCAGUUUGGCUCUUGUAUAUCUAGGUACGGCCGGGGGGGCUCAAAGAUCUCCGCUCUGCUUCCUCCCGUUGUCUUGACGAUUGUAAUGUAGACAAAAUUGGGGAGGCAGUAAUAAGACAUGUAAAACUAG